AUGGCGGCGGCGGCGGCUGCAGCGAGGAUUGCCCUUGCGGUCAACCCUACCGCCGUCCUCAAAGGUCCUCCCGGUGCAGCUUUCUCUUCCCUCGGGCUCGAAUUUCCCCAGCUCAGGCGAGGAAGGAGAGCGAGACGAGGCUCUUGGGCCGCCGCCAUGGGAUCCUCCUCCUCUCGUCAGAAGCCUGACGACAGCAGCCUACAAGGUCGGUCUGUUCAAACUCUUUCUUCGUCUGGGUCUCGCCAUGUUACCAUGUUCAGAAAACAUGAACUGUGCCAAAAAAACUAGCCGCCAUGGGAGCGAGGAAGAAGAAUCCAAUCCCAGUACUCGCCCAUGAAAUAUUCUAUCAUCCUCCGUUCGAUGGUUCGCAUCAGGAACCCAAGAACCGAAUUCACUGGUUACCGACGACGCUCUCUUCUCGUCUUCUCUCAACGCAGGGGCUGCCGGUCAGGAGGUCCCCGCAUCCUUCAGCGACGAAGAACUGAGGAAGCGGCUCACCAAGGAGCAGUACUACGUCACUCGGCAGAAGGGCACGGAGCGGGCAUUCACAGGGUAAGAUCCUGGACUUCCGCAAUCCCCUGCUCUGGCUCCGCCGAAGAAAAACCUGUGAACAAGAUUCAACUUUUGCGUUCCAAUUUCAAGGGAGUACUGGAACACGAAGACCCCGGGGAUGUACCACUGCAUCUGCUGUGACACCCCCCUCUUUGAGUGAGCUCUCUCAACCCUUCCUUCGAACAGAGAAUCCACUUGAACAACAUGAUUUGAUGGCAUUUCACUGUCCCCCCAGAUCAAGAACAAAGUUCGACAGCGGCACCGGCUGGCCUUCCUACUACGAGCCGGCCUCCAGCAAUGUGAGGUCGAAGCUGGAUAUGUCCAUCUUCUUCAUGCCCCGAGUGGAGGUCCUCUGCGCGGUCUGCGACGCCCAUCUGGGGCACGUCUUCGACGACGGGCCGCCGCCCACUGGCAAGCGAUAUUGCAUCAACAGGUGGGCGAUCUCCCCCACCUCCCCCCCCCCCCGCCGGAUAAUUUAUUAUUCUCAAAUUCUGAAAUAAAUUCUUCAUUUAUUUUUAAUCCGAGCCCAUUUUGCAUUGCUCCUGAAAUUUUAUUUUAUUUUUUCAUUUUAAUCGAUUUAUUUCUGCAGUGCGUCGCUGAAGCUGAAGCCCAAGCCCAAGCCCAAGUAG